CUCUAACACACCUUGGCUGGGUCUGGAUAAAAAAAAAAAAAAAAAGUGGGAACGGCAAACGUCUAGAAGAAAAGGUCGGGGGAGGAAAGAGAGGGGCAUUUAUUCAACGUUGUUUCCGAUUCCUUCAGCAUCUCAAACUAGGUGGCUAUGGUAUGGAUGUGACCAAGAAAAACAAACGAGAUGGUACUGAAGUCACUGAAAGAAUUAUCACGGAAACAGUAACUACAAGACUUACGUCCUUACCACCAAAAGGGGGGACCAGCAAUGGCUAUGCUAAAACAGGUUCUCUUGGUGGAGGGAGCCGGCUGGAGAAACAGAGCCUAAUGCAUGGCAGCAGCAGCUACAUAAACUCCAGUGGAAGCACCCGAGGCAAUGCCUCCACCUCCAGUUACAGGAGGGCCCAUUCGCCUGCCUCCACGCUGCCCAACUCUCCAGGCUCAACCUUUGAGAGGAAAACCCAUGUCACCCGCCAUGGAACAUAUGAAGGGAGCUCCAGUGGCAACUCUUCCCCAGAAUACCCUCGGAAGGAAUUUGCAUCUUCUUCAACCAGAGGAAGGAGCCAAACACGAGAGAGCGAGAUCCGAGUCCGACUGCAGAGUGCAUCCCCAUCCACCCGAUGGACGGAAUUGGAUGAUGUUAAGCGUUUGCUCAAGGGGAGCCGGUCAGCGAGCGUGAGCCCCACCCGGAAUUCCUCUAACACACUCCCCAUCCCCAAGAAAGGCACCGUGGAGACCAGAGUGGUGACGGCAAGCUCCCAGUCAGUGUCUGGCACUUAUGACGCCACCAUCCUGGAUGCCAACCUUCCCUCCCACGUGUGGUCUUCCACGUUGCCGGCAGGGUCCUCCAUGGGCACCUAUCACAACAACAUGACAACCCAGAGCUCAUCCCUCCUGAACACCAAUGCCUAUUCUGCAGGAUCAGUCUUUGGAGUUCCAAAUAACAUGGCAUCCUGCUCCCCUACUCUGCACCCGGGAAUCAGCACCAGCUCCUCAGUGUUCGGCAUGCAGAACAAUCUGGCCCCCAGCUCUUCCGCCCUCUCCCAUGGCACAGCCACCACAUCCACAGCGUAUGGUGUGAAGAAAAACAUGCCCCAGAGCCCUGCCGUUGUGAGCACCGGGGUGUCUACCUCUGCGGCCAGCACCACAAGCAUCCAGAACGAUGACCUCUUGCACAAGGACUGUAAAUUCCUGAUCCUGGAGAAAGACAACGUGCCCACCAAGAAGGAGAUGGAGCUGCUGAUCAUGACCAAAGACAGUGGGAAGGUCUUUACGGCCUCCCCUGCCAGCGUCACUGCAACUUCUUUUUCAGAGGAUACCCUGAAAAAGGAAAAACAAGCUGCAUACACCACUGACACCUACGUAAUGGCAGAAGCUAAUGGAGACGUGAAGACCGUGUCCACAAAGGGCAAGGCCACCUCUGCAGACAUCCAUGGCUACGACCACCGCCGCAGUGGAGGUGGUGGUGGCGGUGGUGGUGGCAUUGGCAGUGCCGGUGGGGGCACUGGCAGCGGCAAAAGCAUGUGGGGGGCAGCGCCAGUCUGGUGCCCCUGCGGCUCCUGGUGCAGCUGGUGGAAGUGGCUGCUGGGUCUGCUGCUGACCUGGCUGCUGCUGCUGGGGCUGCUCUUUGGCCUCAUCGCUCUGGCGGAGGAAGUGAGGAAGCUGAAAGCACGUGUGGAUGAGCUGGAGAAGGUCAGGAGCAGCCUGCUGCAUUACGAGAAGAUGGAGAGGAGCAGCCAGGAUGCUGUGCAGGGUGCUGCACCCAGGAUGGGGCCAGAUGUGGGGAAAUCUGGACUUGAUGGCUACAGUCAGGAGGACCUCUGGCAAUAUGUGUGGGCCAAGCUGAUGGCAGAACAGGAAAAUGGAAACCUCCGAGGAAGCCCUGGCCCUAAAGGUGACAUGGGAAGCCAAGGUCCAAAAGGAGAUCGAGGGUUCCCUGGGACUCCAGGUAUCCCUGGGCCCUUGGGCCACCCAGGUCCGGAGGGACCAAAAGGACAAAAAGGCAGUGUGGGAGAGCCUGGCAUGGAGGGACCCAUGGGCCAGAGAGGGCGAGAAGGCCCCAUAGGACCUCGCGGUGAACCAGGGCCUCCUGGGUUUGGAGACAAAGGAGACAGAGGGGCUGCUGGUCCACCGGGUGUUCCAGGCCCACCUGGUGUCCCAGGUUCUGUGGGCCCCAAAGGUUCCAGCGGUUCUCCUGGCCCACAGGGUUCCCCAGGCUCUGUAGGUCCCCAAGGGCUCCGAGGUGAAGUGGGACUCCCUGGUGCCAAAGGUGACAAAGGGCCUAUGGGACCACCAGGACCCAAAGGUGACCAGGGUGAGAAAGGACCACGAGGCCUCACAGGGGAGCCCGGCUUGAAAGGUUUGCCUGGUGCUGUGGGUGAGCCCGGAGCUAAAGGAGCAAUGGGACCUGCUGGCCCCGACGGACACCAAGGCCCAAGAGGGGAACAAGGUCUUCCAGGGAUGCCUGGAACCCGGGGCUCACCAGGACCUUCUGGAGACCCAGGAAAGCCAGGUCUCACAGGACCCCAAGGACCUCAGGGACUUCCUGGUAGCCCUGGCCGACCAGGGCCUAGAGGUGAACCGGGAGCUCCAGGCAGGAUCAUGACUUCAGAGGGAUCAUCGACUCUCACUGUCCCAGGACCUCCAGGACCUCCUGGAGCCAUGGGACCUCCGGGACCUCCAGGUGCUCCAGGCCCUGUUGGCCCAGCCGGUCUCCCAGGACAGCAAGGCCCACGAGGGGAACCAGGACUUGCUGGUGAAUCAUUCUUGGGCAGCAGUAGCUCCAUCUCUGAGGUCCUCGCCACUCAGGGUCUGGACUUACGAGGUCCUCCAGGCCCACCUGGGCCACCUGGCCCACCAGGACUGUCCAUUCCAGGCCCUCCAGGACCCCGAGGCCCAGCAGGGGAAGGCUUGCCAGGCCCGCCAGGCCCACCAGGAUCUCUCCUGACCAGCUCAGAGACCAUCUCCGGCCCUCCAGGCCCACCUGGCCCCCCAGGCCCCAAAGGAGACCAAGGUCCCCCAGGCCCCCGAGGACACCAAGGCGAGCGAGGCCUCCCAGGGUUCUCAGCCGCAGGCUCCGGUUCUCUUGGACUCAACCUGCAGGGACCACCAGGCCCACCGGGCCCCCAGGGACCCAAGGGUGACAAAGGUGAUCCUGGAGUCCCAGGUGGUCCUUCUCGAGGGGGAUCGUCAUCGGGCACCAUGCUCAUGGCGGGCCCGCCAGGCCCACCAGGGCCCCCUGGGCCUCCAGGCUCCUUCAGCAGCUCCAGCCUGGAGAUUCAGCAGUACAUCUCUGACUACCUGCAGAGUGACAGUGUCCGGUCUUAUCUCUCUGGAGUUCAGGGCCCUCCAGGCCCACGUGGUCCCCCGGGGCCUGUCACCACCAUCGGGGGUGAGACUUUCGACUACUCAGAGCUGGCCAGCCUCGUCGUGAGCUAUUUACAGACCUCAGGGUACAGCAUCAGCACAUCCUCUGCCUCCAUCUCUUCUGCAGACAUCCUGGCUGCACUCCAGCGGGAUGACGUGCGUCAGUAUCUCCAGCAGUUCCUGACAGGCCCUCAGGGUCCCCCUGGUCCACCGGGAGCCAGCGGAGAUUGGUCCCUCCAGUCUUUGGACUACGCCGAGCUGAGCAGCCGCAUCCUCAGCUACAUGUCCAGCUCCGGAGUCAGCAUUGGGCUUCCUGGCCCCCCGGGACCACCAGGCUUGCCAGGCACAUCCUACGAGGAGCUCCUCUCCUUGCUCCAAGGGUCUGAAUUCAGAGGCAUCGUCGGACCCCCAGGUCCCCCUGGGCCACCAGGGCUUCCAGGCAGCGUGUGGUCCAGCAUCAACAUGGAGGAGCUCUCAGCCUACCUGCAGACUGCCGGGCUGUCAUCCAUCCCAGGCCCUCCUGGCCCUCCUGGUCCCCCAGGCCCUCGAGGGCCUCCGGGUGUCUCAGGAGCUCUGGCGACAUAUGCAGCUGAAAACAGCGACAGCUUCCGGAGUGAGCUCAUCAGCUACCUCACAAGUCCUGACGUGCGUAGCUUCAUUGUCGGCCCCCCUGGCCCCCCUGGUCCCCCUGGGGACAGCCGCCUGGUGUCGGUGGACAGCUCCUAUAGCCUGGACAGCAGCUCCUCCUCUCUCAGUCGGGGCAGCUCCUACAGCUCUUCCAUGGGCAUAGGAGGAGCCAGUGGGGGCUCCCUGGGCGAAGGGGGAGCCUUUGGCCUGGACAUGGGCAUGGGCCGGGGCUAUGGGACAGUGGCAGAAGGCGGCAUGUUCGGUGGCAAUGGUGGCUUCGGGGCCGGCUAUGCCGGAGGUCUGGACUACAACGAGCUGGCCGUUCGGGUGUCCGAGAGCAUGCAGCGUCAGGGUCUGCUCCAAGGGAUGGCCUACACGGUGCAGGGCCCGCCAGGCCGGCCUGGGCCCCAGGGACCCCCUGGAGUCAGCAAGGUCUUCUCUGCCUACAGCAACGUGACCGCGGAUCUCAUGGACUUUUUCAGAACUUAUGGAGCCAUCCCAGGACCCCCUGGGCAGAAAGGAGAAGUGGGCAUCCCUGGACCCAAAGGUGAGAGAGGCCCUGCAGGACCACCAGGUCGGCCUGGGCCACCCGGCCCUCGAGGGCACAAGGGAGAAAAAGGAGACAAAGGUGACCAAGUCUAUGCUGGACGGAGAAGGAGAAGCAUUGCCGUCAAGCCAUGAGCGACCCUUAGUGGAAAGGCCCCCUGGGCCAGUUCUUGCAAUGGCCUAUGGCACUUACGUCAAAACCUUUCCAGAGGGUAAAAGCUGGAGUCUCAUUGUCCUACUGAGACAGCACCACAAACAGUCAACUAGAACCCUUAUCUUAGUCUGGAACAAUAUAUGUGUAUGUAGAAUUCAGUCCAAGAUACACAGCCUGAAACAGCUUCACUGGGUGGGCUCAGCGAUGGUAUAGGAUGAGACUGGCUUCCCUGCUGACCAGGUGUCUGUCUGUGACACUGAGUUCCAGCCCCAGCCUAGGAAGCCAGUUACCAUAAACGUUGGCUCAGGAGUCCUGGAGCUUUGCCUAAAAGUGAGCCCAGUAAAUGGAAGUUGGGGUGCCACUCGAUGAGGCUGUUCCGGCUAAGUCUGCAAGGCUGUGCUCUCAGCUCCUUCCUUCCCUGCUCACUCUACAUUCUCUAGUCGUAGAAAAGAGUUAGCUAAGAAGCAACUCUCGCAACUGAAAAAAUUAGGAAAUCCACUUCCUCUAAGGGUGGUGACAGGGUUUUUCCUAGUUAUCUCUCACUGUAUCUCACAUUCCCACUUGCUUAGGAAGUUUGUUUGAUUGCAGCUCUGACCUGUCUGCAUAGGGCCACACUAGAGUUGAUAGUAUGUUACGGUGAACUAGGCUGCAGCUCAUAGGAACGGAAGGGCGGUGGGCAGGAGGAAAGAAGGGGAGAGGAGGGUGAGGGGACCGCCUGGCGGGAAGCUGGCACCCCUGCUCUGCACUUGGGAAAUGCCUGGGGGACUGGGUGCAGUUGGGUUUUAAGCACUUUUCAAUGUCUAUGAACAUUCAUGUGGUCUAUUAGAUUAAGAGUCAUUUCAAUUGCAAAAUUUCCAAUUAAAGGGUUUCUUUUUUAA